AUGAGUUCUUCAUUGUUACCAAUUACAAGUGAACCUCGUAAGCGUCUGAUCAUAAAAAUUUCGUAUCCUCAAAAGCGUGUUAACGAUGAUUCUUUCAACGAUGAUCACUCUCAAAAGAGGAGAAGGAUUAAUGAACAUUAUGGAAAGCCAAUUGUUUCAUGUUAUUGGCUUGAUUCAACCAUAAGUUUGUCUGAACAUAACAAGAACAAAAACAUUCUUUCUCAUACCAACGACCAAAAGUCGUUUGGUGAAGAAAACUCAAAGGGUUUGGAGAAGAACAAAUCAAAGGUACAAAAGACAAUUGGAUUGAAAGAUAUUGAAGCAAAGUUGAAAUCAUAUUCAACUCCAGAUGAAUUUGCAAAGGAUAUGAGGUUUGUUUUCUCUCAAGGAUUGCUUUACCAUCCAAGGCAUAUUGUUCACAGAAUUGCAGUAAAAUUUAGUGAAACAUGGCAAUUGGUUUGA